UUUAGAUGUAGCUUAGGUUUCUUCCUUUGCCCUUUUUCCUAUAGAGAAGCAGCUGGUCUGCUUAGUGAAUUAAUUCCGGUACUAUGUGAUGUUAAAGUGAAAAACUAUUUUAUAAUUACCUUGUUUCAUUCAAACAUUUUCAGUUUCUUUUUUUCAGUCCUUCCUUCUUUCCAUGGUAUCCUUGAGAAAAAGUCUCGUAUAAUACAUCUUUGUUAGAGUACGUAAUUGGAAUAUGGAGAUGGAAGGCAGUUCGCUAAUCUUGGAAUUGGUCAAUAUCGGGAAGCUGAAUGGAAACUGCGACAACCACCAAAACGUGCAUGAAAAGAAGUUAAUUGAAGAGAUAUUUGAAAAUUGGCCUUUUUUUAAGUGCAUAACUUUAAAAACUACGAUUAAGUACUGCUGUACGAUUUUGUACGGCGAUUCGACAUUAUAUGAAAAGGAAUUAAGAGUCUUUCAUGUAGGUAUUGUGAAAAUCAAUACUAGUUGGUGCUUUGUUGGUGUACAAGUAUUAUUGUUAAGGUGUUGCAAGAUUCUGUGAAGUCAGCGCGAGUUUGCUAUUAGUAUGUGGAAAAUUCGAUGUGUAUGUCCAUUUGACGAUGAUGAUGGCUUUACAAUCCAAUGUGAAAAUUGCGAAGUUUGGCAACACGCUGUUUGUUUCGAAAUUAGCUCGGAAAAUGUUCCUGAAAACUACCUUUGCGAACAAUGUCAGCCUCGUGCAGUCGAUACUGACAGGGCUCAUCAGGUACAACUUGAACGAAUUAACCAAGAAACCCUUUUGAAAGCUGUACCUCGUCGUCGUCCUCAUACUACGAAAGCUCGUAGCCAUUCAAAUUCUCGUCAUGCAUCAUCAUCUAGUACAUCGUUGCCCCAUCAAGUUAGUCAUAACUCCUCCAACACUUCGAGUGGAUUUAUAUCGGCUCCCCCUGCCCCGAACAAUCAUACUGCUCCAAAUACUAAUGGCCGAAGAAAGCGGACGAGUAAUAUAUCGCCUCCUUUACCUGAAAUGCAAAAUACAAACGCGGCUCAUGCGUCGUCUAUUCCGUAUUCUCCUCAUUUAGAAUAUGUGCCCUUACAAUCCAAUACAUACUCUGUUGAGGCUUUAGAGUAUGCACAAUCUUUAUCUGGUUUGGAUACGCCAAAUGUCACUGGCGAGCACAUUGACGAUCCUUGCUAUGUGGCUUCCGUACAACCAAAAUCAUUUUGCUCUAGUCGUUUUGGUUUGUUUACUUCAAGGCAGUUAGUUCCUGAUCAGCCUGUCACCGAGAUUAUAGGGAGGAUCUUCACUCAGCGUGAGUAUAAAAGAGAUCUCAAAAACCAGUAUCCACUACUGGGUGUACCGAAGCCUCAUGUUUAUUUUGACGAAAAAUCUGACUUAGUAAUUGAUGCCCGCGUGGCUGGUUCUAAAAGUCGAUUUGUUAGAAGAAGCUGUCAACCAAAUUGCACUGUUAUUAGCUAUCAGAAUGAAGCGGAUGCUUUUGCACCUAGCUUUUAUUUAGUGCCAGUUAAGCCCAUUGAGUCUGAGUCUGAGCUUACUGUUGAUUGGACUUUUGACGCAGCUCAUCCGUUUCAAUGCUUUGCAAACGAUGACACCAUUCCUUCAUUUACAAGCGAUGAGCGUGAACGUCUAUCGUUUAUCCUUUCUUCAAUAACCUCCAAUGCCGAUUGUGUUUUUGCCGAUAAACGCAACUGCUUAUUUUCCAAAAUUAUCAGGUUUAUAAAGUUUCCCCAGCGUUACGGGUCUAGUAAAAAGACUCGUUCCCCUAUUUCGAAUACGACAUCCUUCUGUAAUGUGUCUCACGAAAAUCCUUUGUCGAAUUCACUAGACGAAGAUAUCAAAGAUGUUAAAAAUCAAAGUGUGAAAUCUUUAAAGCAAACGUGGCUUGCAAAGUACCAAUCUUUGAAAACUCAUUCAGUACAGUUAAAGGAAUCAGUUGGAGGUAAACAGGACUAUGAUGUUUCUCCGACGAUUACGAACGAGGUAGAUGAGAAAGCUGUGACAAAGGAGAAUUUGAAAAUGGUAGCUGAACAUAAUAACGUGUCGAAGCUACCUGCUUUUAAUAUGGAAGUCGCAGAGAAAAAGGCUGUUUCUCCCACACCGCCGUCACCGUCAACAUCUCAUACACCUAAAGCUUAUGAUAUGUCUCCUAAAAGUGAUGGAUCUAGAAAGGAUAUGGAGGUACAUGUAUCUAGUCAUAUACAAGAGAGCGCAGAUAUUACACCCUUGACUCCUCCUCAUGGUACCAAUACUUAUGAUAUGUAUGACGAUUCUUCCAUAGAUCCUGAACGCAGAAAUCCGUUAGAAAAUACUUUGCUGUCUAGCAAAGAGGAUGAAAUUGAAAUGGACAUGGAUAUGACUGUCAACAAUAACAGAAGGAAAAUGACUACGGAAUAUAAACCGCAGACAAAACGUAGAAGGAGCGGAAUCCAUAAUAAGUCACCGCCAAGGAGUUCAUCUGUCAGAUAUUCAAGAAAGUCGACUGGGACAGGUGAUUUGAGUUUGUUAUCAGUAAGUCCGAACAGUGAAAGGACUUGUAAUCCCUCAGAUUCGGUAACAUAUAAUCAUGUUGCAGGCGAAUCAGUGAAGUCAUCAGAAUUGAGUUUCACAGGCAACGUCAACUCAGAAGAAAAUCUUGUUGUCUCUAAUACGCCCGAAUCAACUAAACUUGCAGUUAACACUCGAGUAAACUGCUCCCCUCAAAGGGGCAAUAUCGAACCCGAUACACUUUUGGAUAAAUCAACUAUCGUUAAGGGAGAUAUACCGCAUAAUAAUUCAAUUGAAAUGCCUCAGUCUAAUUCAUCAGGCAAGAGUACUACGCCUUCUUUCUCUAAAAGUUUGUCGCGAAAACAUAAUAAUAUGGAGAGUGAGCAUGAUGUGGCAUUAGGCAAGGAUAUUGACAGGCGGACGAAUAUCAGUAGUAAUGAUGGACUAGAGAAAAUACCAGGGCCACCAUCUUCGGCACCACCAGCACCUCCGCCUGGCCCUGCACCUUCGCCUGGGCCGAAAAAACUUUCUCUUUCUGAAUAUCGGCAACGUCGCCAAGAAGCUUUGAAAAGCAAGCAACCAGAUUCUAGUGGUGGAAUUAAUACUGCUGAGAGGCGGGUUCCCUCAGCUCCUAGUUUGAACACAGCGGCCUCAACUUCGUAAUGAGCCUGACGAUCCCAGUGUUUAUUGAUUAAAGGUUUAAUGCAAUAAAGAUAAUUUAAUAUGGUGCGGAUUAAUGCUUGGUUUGUUGUUCUUUUUUUUUGUGGUAUUUUUGUUAUGGCGAUUUUUUUUAUUGAUUGAUGGAAUUUCUUUUAUCGUUCACGAGACUAUCAAUUCAUUUGUUUCAUGAUUCCUUUGUUUUUGUAUAUAUUUGUGCUUGAUGCAUAAGCUUGUCGUUGCUAUAAACACGCGAAUGUUGGAACGCUCAAACUUCUCCCAUCUAAUCACGGUCGGGGCUAUGUUUGAAAGAGCUCCGCGUAGCUUGUUUUCCUUGUAUAGUAUAGUUUAGUUAAUACGUUAUUCUAGUUUAUUAAUAUUUUUUAUCCCAAA